ACGAGGAAAGGCGACGGAUGGCGAAUCUAUUAGCAUAAGGGCGCAUAAAACGGCGCCGUAGGAUCCGGCUGCAUUCCACUAAGGAUACGGAUUCGUCGAGUCAGUUGCAGUGGAACCGUGGAGCCGCGAUGAACGUGUGGAAAGCAAAGGUCCUAACGGAAGUUCCCUUCGGGCAUGUCCUCAUCGUCAGUGGACGCGUCAAGCCCCAUCCGAAUAAAAUUUCCCUGGACCUCACGGACAAUGUGAACGCGCAGAAUGAGAGUGAAACGGUGUUCCUGAAGAUCGAGGCCAACUUCCGCGAGGGCCAGAUCAUUCGCAGCAUGUUCCAGCCGGGAGAGGGAUGGCAGCAGGAGGAGAUAUCGAAGAACUGGAAGUGCGAUGGCCCGAAGAAUCCACUGCAGCCGGGGCAGAGCUUCACCUUCCGGGUGGCAGUACUUCAGCGAUGCUUCGAGAUCUACGUAAAUGAUCAGUUGUACGGAUCCUUUGAGUUCGUCAAGUUCCCCAAGCAAAUCAACUAUGUGCGGGCCUACGGGGAUUUCGAGAAGAUCACCCAGUUUCAUCACCGCAUGCUCUUUCCGCUCGUCUUCCCGAGAACCCUCAUGUGUCCGGAUAAGGUGGCCUUCCAGAGCGACGUGCCCAGACGAUAUGAAACCGGGACCGUGGUGGCCAUGGAGUGCAUCGCUAAGGGGCCUCCGACCACGGAGUUCUCCAUCUGUUUCCAGUGCAACGACACCGGGAGGACUGUGCUCCGCUUCCAUGUGAACUUUGAUCGCACAACGGUUUCACGUAGUUACCAGCGGGAAGAUAACAGCUUUGCCAUAAGUGACGAGGAGACCGAGGGGGAAUUUCCAUUCGUGCGAGGAAAACUCUUCAAGAUCGCCUUUGGACUGGGGGAUCGUGCCUUCCUGAUCGCCGUGAACGGGCAGUACUUUACCUACUAUAACUUCCCCGGACGUCCCUUCUCCAUCUCCACCCUAAAGUGUUUCACCAACGAAGUGGGCGAUUUCGCCGUGAGGAGCAUGGAAUACCAUUCCGAUUCCCCGCUUCUGGCCCGCGUGGAGAAGCUGUCCAUUAUCUAGUCGGAAGGGCUACCUGGGCUCUUCCAAGAUCUAUUCGAAUUUUCGUAGAAUGCUCUUUGUUCAAUCGUUGGCUUUGAUCACUACAGCACCAGUUAACUUCUUAUUGUGAGCAUCCAAAUAAAGCAAAGCAGCUCGUCCAAUCUAAGUU